AUGCUCCCAUACGACCAAGCGUCUCAAACAGCCUCUGCUGAGGAAGCCCUACUCACUGCCUUCUCGUGGCGGAGGUGUUUUCCCACCAAAUCCAUUGUUAGUGUGGCCGGUGGCGCUACGCGGGCGGCCGUGAUUCAACACCAAGCACUGGACAAUAAUAUGGCUGAUGUGGCUGCCAAAGAUGGAAGUCAGAUUCUCGCUUUUCUCGAGAUUUUAUCACGUGAGCAUUGGUCUGAGAGUUAUAAUGAGUUGGAUCUUCUCGAAGAUGUCAGAUGCGACUUGGUCCCACAUCUGUGGGAUUGCUUUGAUAUCUGGUUUAAGCUCAUCUGGUUCGGGUUCUUCUUGCUAACUGGUGUACACCUGUAUGCCAAUUAUCGGGCUGUACGUUGUUUGCAGUUGACCACAUUUAACCGAAACCGAUUCACCAUUGCCAUCCAGUCAUGGGUAACUGCCCGACUGGGAAAGUCUAAUACGUGGUCCCGCAGCACCGACUCUCAGAAAAAUCGAUUCCCGUCCGUUGUGUGGGUAAACGAACAGGAACCUGUGCUUCGCUCAGUCGCCACACCACAUAUUCAUCUGGGUUGCUCUGUGAAUACCUUACCCCCGGAUGGAAGGUCACAGCUGAACAAUCUGAUAGAACUGUUUGAAACUGAGGAAUACGUUUUGUACUGUCCAGAAUGGGAUCAAAUCGUCCUCGGCGAACUCAUCCGUCAUCCUCAGGUCUAUGUGGUGUUACUGAAGAACUGUCGAACCCGUGCUCAGCUGUUGGCAAUGUUACACGCCGAAUUACUAACUGUUCUGACACAGAUUACCAUCGCACGUCGUUCCGAAAUGUUCUCACUUACUUACUUGAAGUUGAUCGAAACGGUGAUCGGCUCACGCAGCUUAUGUUGUUGA